AUGGCUAUGGACGAUAUACACAACAUAGUCACUGAUAGCGUACAAGGCAUCCUCACCGAUGACGGCAUCCCCGCUAGCCAGCUCCCAGAUAUCAUCUCCAAUCUCGCUCGAGACGGCCACCUCUCCAACUUUAUCACCAAAGAGACGCUUGAGAAUGUGAAGCACUUUGCCAGCACAGACAGACUCAACGCGACAUAUGUCAGCCUCGAUGGUUUGCUUUCUCUUAUCGACUCUCUUCUCGUGUCCUCGCCAAAACAAGACAGCCUGCUCGAUGAGGAGCCUCUCGACGAAAUAAGCUUUAUACAGAAUAUGGGUGAUAGUCCUGUCACUAAAGAUAAGGCUAAGGACGGCGUUACCCCAAAAAUUAGUCGCACCAACAAAUUCAAAAGACCGAAACCAGCGCGUAAAUUCGUCAGAUCCAACUCGAGCUAUACCGAUACCAGUGACUACUACUCGUCUGACAAUGAUAACGAUUUCGCUCUGCACUCUCCAACCAGCUCGCCGCCCCAGACACCAAAUAUCGACAACAAGGAAAAUCUAAGCGGGUUUGACGGGCUGAUGCUGUCGAAUGCACCCUCUAACAACGCCUUAUCGAAUGACGCUCUGAUACACACCCAGAACCAGAUCAAGGAUCUCGAGAAACGUAACGCGGAUCUCGAGAAAAGGCUCAAGGAAGCUGAACGUUCGUACACGCAGACGACCAGUCAGAACGAAGACUAUAUAUCCAUCAUGGAAGACCAGCUCAAGGAGAAUGAUGCCAAGCUGGAAGCACUCGUGCGCGAUGAGAAAGAUUUGCGAGCAAAGGACCGCCAGAACAUGUUCACUAUCAACAAGCUCGAGCAUGAUAUUGCAACAUACCAGCGUCAGGCUGAGUCCGCGCGUAUCCAGGCUAGUAGUCUGCAGAGCCAAUUGGGGGAUGUGAAUGAUGAAAUCGAUUCCCUCCGAGAUAGCCUCCGCGAUAAGGACAGGGAUGUUCGCGAAGCGCGUAGCAGGGCUGACAAAUACGAGCAUGAAAUGGGCAAAUGGGAGAAUGAGCGGAAGGGGUACGAUGAUGCACUCCAGCGCAUCAAAACACAUCUCGAUGUGGCGAGGAAAUCGGAGCGCGUGCUGGAGGUGCAAAAGACUGAGAAUCUCGGAUUGAAAGAAACAAUAGACAGACUGCGCGGUGAUCUCAGCCAUCAACUCGCCUACAACGGGAGUGGAAGUGGAGGGGCAGACGAGACGGGUGGACAGCUCGGCAGUGUGUCGCGUAAUCUUGGCAAAGAGCUAGCGCGGCAGUUAACAGAAGACGGCGAGCAUGAUAAUCAAAACCCCACUAACGCUCGCACUCGGCAUGAAUUGGGCGAGGGCGAGAUUGAAACUAUCGUUACUACGCGAAGAAGGAAAGUGAAACCAAGUGUGGAAGUGGCCGUUGGAGUUGGCUCGAAGGAGGGCGGUACCGCAGAGCAUCAUGGCUUGGAAGAAGCACAGGCAGACGCAGAACCUGCCAUCGAAUCACCUCCGCCGUACUCCCAGGGCCAGGCUGGAUUUGAGUAUGUUGACGACGUACGCAAGGUGUGUAGCCGCGGAGUGCAAGUAUCUGUAAAUAGUCGGGGUGUCGAUACGCAGACGGAAGUGGACAGUCAAGCGGAAAUUAACGAUGGAAGCAAACGUGCCGAUAAUGAAAAAGAAACGAAAGGGAAAACUAUAUGGAGUAAAUUAUACGCCAUAUUCAAAAUAUCAAGUAGAAAACCAAACGUUAUACCUAUAUACUCCACCAUAGUAUUCCUGUGUGGGAUGAUUGGCGGUGCGUGGAUACUGCCGUCGACGACAAGCUCCGUUGAGUCGCUCAGGACGGUGUCGGGGGUAGAUGAGAGAGCCAUGUUCGUCGCAUACAACACAUUCGAAGGCGCUACUUGGUUCCUAAACACUGAUAAUCGCCUCGUUCACUUUAUUCAGAGCGUCGUGUGGAGCGGCGUAGACACGUCUCAGCUAUUCCCGGCGUAG